CCAAAUCACCAUGCCCGUCCCAGAGCUCCAGAAGCCCGCCCCGAAAUUCGCGGGAACCGCCGUCGUCAACGGUGCCUUCAAGGAAAUCAAGCUGGAAGACUAUGCCGGCAAGUACCUAGUGCUGUUCUUCUACCCGCUGGACUUUACCUUCGUCUGCCCGACGGAAAUCAUUGCCUUCUCCGAUCGCGUUGAGGAGUUCAAGAAGAUCGGCUGCGAAGUGAUCGGUGUCUCGACCGACAGCCACUUCACACAUCUGGCCUGGAUCAACACCCCGCGCAAGCAGGGAGGUUUGGGCGAGCUGGGCAUCCCACUGUUGGCCGACAAGUCGAUGAAGAUCUCCCGUGACUACGGUGUGCUCCAGGAGGAGAGCGGUGUCCCAUUCCGUGGCCUGUUCGUCAUCGAUGGAAAGCAGAAUCUCCGCCAGGUGACCGUCAACGAUCUGCCCGUGGGACGCAGCGUCGACGAGACCCUCCGCCUGGUGCAAGCAUUCCAGUUCACCGACGAACACGGUGAGGUCUGCCCGGCCAACUGGAAGCCCGGAUCCAAGACCAUGGUCGCCGAUCCGCAAAAGUCGAAGGAAUACUUCAGCGCUGCAAACUAAACUAAUACAUACUGUAUACCGUAAACAUAGCAUUAAGAAGCUGUUGUGGCUAUUAGAGAGAUAUUCUGCAACUGCAUAUCCUUGUUGAUCCGACACAAAAUAACACUAACUACAUUGUAGUACGGCCUCCAUGUUAAGUUAGCAUUGUUUCAUUCAUCAGAUGAUAGCUGCACCAUCGGUUAAUUACUGAGGCUCUUCUAUGUUCCAAUACAAAUAUCCUUAAGCGGAAGAAUAAGAGCAAUAAAAAUAGUAUUGUUUUUUCUACACCUAAA